AUGUCCUCGGACCUCGAUCUGGACCAGCUCUCUGAGAGCGAGAGAACUGCGCUAGAGAUGUACAUGGCCGUGACAAGUCAAGAACCCUCAGAAGCAAUCCCUCUACUGCGUCGGUCACAAUGGAACGUUCAAAUCGCUAUAUCCAAGUUCUUCGAUGGCGAAGGCCCCGAUCCGCUUGAAGAGGCGCGUUCAGCUCUUCAGACGCCGCCGCCGCAGCCGAACCGCCGAACCCAGAAUCUCAUGACAGAAGAUUUGACGGAACAGCUGUCUCGAUUCUCACAAACACGUGCUACAGACCCCGCCCCACGAGUUGACACGCAAUCUGGGGAUCAACCCGUUUACCGCCCGCCAUUCAUCCUCGCCCUACUCUUCACUCCGUUCAAUUUAGUCUACCGACUCCUGUGCAGCUCGUUCCGCCUCUUCGGCACGUUAUUCCCAUUCCUGCCACGCUUAUUCAAUGCCACUGCGAACCCCGCACUGCAAGGUGCCCGCCGUAAUACCACUGGCCGCCGGACUCUGGCCCCCAAAGAUACAGCCGCUCGAUUCAUUCGCGAAUUCGAAGAGGAGUAUGACUCCCACCCGAUCCCGUUUCUCGAGAACGGAUACAAUAUGGCGCUGGAGAAGGCCCACCGCGACUUGAAGUUCCUCCUGGUCGUUCUUCUGGCCCCAGAGCACGAUGAUACGAAUAGCUGGGUCCGUGAUACUCUGCUGGCACCAGAAGUGUUGGAGUUCAUCAAUGACCCUCAGAACAACAUGUUAGUAUGGGGAGGUAACGUCCAGGACUCCGAGGCCUACCAGGUAGCCAACUCGUUGCGCGUGACGAAAUUCCCGUUCGCAGCCGUUGUCGUCCACACCCCGAAUGUCUCAUCCACCGCUAUGUCAGUUGUGGGCAGAAUCGCAGGAAUCACUUCGUCCUCCGAGGUCGUGAACAAGCUCCGGGCUGUCGCUACCUCCCACCAAGAACCAAUUGAACGGCUGCGCUCCUCUCGCGCUGAACAGCAAGCGUCGCGCAGCCUUCGGGAAGAACAAGACUCGGCCUAUGAGCGGUCGCUGGCGAUCGACCGAGAGCGAGCGCGUCAGCGACGGGAGGCCGAGGCAGCGCGUCACCGUGAAGAACAGGAAGCCGCCGGCCGCCAGGCGGCAGAGGAGCGGCGGCGCCGUGACCUCGCUCAGUGGAAGGUUUGGCGCGCACAGUCCCUUCGCGCCGAGCCUGGACCCGAUGUCAAGGAUGCGGUGCGGAUCAGUGUGCGGCUCCCUUCCGGUGAACGGAUCAUGCGCAAGUUCGCCCCGGAUGCGGACAUGGACGAGCUCUAUGCGGUCGUGGAGUGCUACGAGGUUUUACAGGAUGCAGACCAACCCCAGGCAACCGAGCCGGUGGGGUUCGAGCAUCAUUACGCAUUCCAAUUGGUUUCCCCGAUGCCCCGGACAGUGUACCCCGUGGAGGAAGGCGGUUCCAUCGGAGAGAAGAUCGGCCGUGGUGGGAAUCUGCUGGUGGAGCCUAUUGAGGAGGAUGAAGACGAGGAUGGGGCAUCUGAUAUGUCCUAG